AUGGUGUUACCCCGAAAAACAAAAUCAACUGGGAUUCGGCACGAAUUAAAUAAUAGUAUAAAAAAAUCUAAGGCGAUAGCAACGAACAGUAAACAAAAAUCGCUUCAUACGAAACGAAAAAAAUUAACGAAACGUGUGGAUUUGAACGAUCCAUCAGCCAACACAAUAACUUUACGUCGAAGUCGACGUUUAACUAAUAGAAAGAAACAGUUAUCAAAUAUACCUAGUGAAUCAGCCUCUACAUCAAUUCUUACUUCGAAUCCUCCUAUUCCGACGAAUUUAAAUCCUAUUAAAAAAAAUUAUCCAUUACGAUCACGUGUACGGCGUGCAUCAUUAACAAGUAAUAAUCAAAUUACAACAGUAGCAACAGCAAAUCGUCGUUCACGUAUAUCAAAACAACAAGAAUUAAUAUCCAAAUCAUUAUCAUCGAUGGGUCUCCGUAAUGGUAAAAUAGUUAAUUUACGUUCAACCAUAUCAGGUCCAUCAUCACAAACAAGUGAAGAUCUCGCAAAUCCGACUCUUCCAUUAAUUGCGUUCAAUCCAGUGCCACGUCAACAUCAACCACAUAAUUCAACAUUAUCAACAUCGGAUUCGUCAACAAAUUCAUACUAUAAUAAUAACAAUAAUAAUAACGAUUCCAAUGUCGUGUGUCAAUAUCAUUAUUCAAAUAUUACAAAUCAUCCAUCGUUAGAUUCAAAUAAACAUUUUCCAAUUCGACUUGAUAUUCUUCUUGAUCGGCCGCCUGUGUCACGCGAAAAACAAGUUGAAUACGGAUGGAAUCAUGAUGAUCGCUCAAUGAAUAUCUUUGUUAAACAUAAUGAUCCUUGCACUUUUCAUCGACAUCCUGUGGCACAAAGUACAGAUGCUGUUCGAUGUAAAAAAGGCUUUACUACGGGCAUUCACGUGUGGGAAAUCGAAUGGAAUACAAGACAACGUGGUACACAUGCUGUAGUAGGAGUUGGAACAAUCAAAGCUCCACUUCAUUGUCCAGGCUAUCAAGCACUUGUUGGAAUGAAUCAAGAUUCUUGGGGAUGGGAUUUAGGUCGUAAUAAACUUUACCAUAAAGGUGUGAACAGUGUUUAUGCUUCAACACAGUAUCCAUCGUCCAGUUCUUUAUCUCCGACAACCACAACAACGUCGACAUUGACUGAUCCAGCUGAUGCUCUAAAUAACAAUGGUAUCUCGUAUCCAUCGAAAUCUGAUGAUUGUUUUGUAGUACCCGAUAAAUUUUAUGUUGUUCUUGACCUUGAAGAAGGAACAUUAGCUUAUAUUGUUGACGGGCAAUACUUAGGUGUAGCAUUUAAUGAUCUUAAAGAUAAGGGUGCACUUUAUCCAAUGGUUUCAUCAGUAUGGGGUCAUUGUGAAAUAACAAUGCGUUAUAUCAACGGAUUAGAGCCUGAACCACUGCAAUUAAUGGAUACUUGUCGACGAGUUAUACGUAAAAGAUUAGGUCGAACCAAUUUACAUUUAAUUAAUCAUUUGACAUUGCCUACUUCUCUGCGUAAUUAUCUGGUCUAUCAAUAG